UAUCUGGAUCGGCACAACAGCGUGCGCCAGAAUUUCAACGCGCCGCCGCUCACUUGGUCGGAUGACCUGCAGGCUAAGGCGCAGGGCUACGCGGAGCGCUGCGAGCUCAGACACUCGAACGGGGUGCUUGGCCCAUUCGGCGAGAACCUCGCUGCUGCCACUGGCAACUUCGACAUUGACGCCGCAGUGGAUCUCUUCGUGAGCGACCAGGGCCAAUUCAAUGCGGAUCAUGUCGUCUUCAGCCACUUCACUCAGGUUGUCUGGAAGUCCACCACGCAGGUUGGAUGCGGUAUCGCUACGUGCGACAACAUCUUCCCGUCCCGCAAGGGCCAUGCCACCUACCACGUUUGUCUCUAUGAUCCGGUUGGAAAUGUCAUUGGCCAGGAGAAGUGA